AUGACCUUCCCCGGCACUCCUCCCGCAUCUUAUCCAAGCGGCGCAACACAACCCAAUCCACGAAGCUAUUCAUCGUCACCCAUUGCACCUGUUGGACCUUCAACCUCGUCUUCCUCUGGUACUCGCAACAAUAAGCUGGACCAUAUUAUCCAGAACUUUUAUACCAAAACCGUCCAAGUGAUUGUUCAGGCACGUGUAUCACCAGAUAGCGAUCGACAUGGCAAAUGCAGUAGUACCAGUAGUACAACAAGUGCUUCCAGCUCAUCCAAGAACAAAAUGAAUAAAUGGUUCAAUAUCGCAACACAGGAUGCUGAAUUCUUACGAGAAGAUCUAAAGUAUUGGCGAUCUCGGGCAAUACAAUCCAUGGAUCGAGAACCACCACCUUUGAUAUUGGACAUCUACCUGGAUACAUCUGAUCUUACGCCAAAUCACAGUCUCAUGUUGGCCAUUGACAGGGCACGAUUCAAUAAGGUUGACCUCCCCUAUUCAACAAAUCGUAUCCUGUUGGAGCGAUGGACAUUAUCAUUAAAUCAUCCAUUGCCUGAUUUUCCAGUGGAUCUACCCAAUCUCUACAAACGCUCCAUUAUCUUUUUCCGGGCGCUUUAUUCUUUUGUCCGCUUGUUGCCAGGGCAUGAAUUACAUCGUCGCUUAUCCAAAUAUGGCCAGCAACUGAAUGAAUUAUCUUUGGGUCAUCGCCUUUCAUCAACCAUUAUCAAUGAUAAAUCCGAAUUGUCCUUGGACAAGCCGAUCUUGGAUGGGAAUGCCCGAGAUACGCAUAAGUACGAGUUUUCAGACGUAGUUACACCACUUGGGAUUUUCAAGUUACAAGUGCAAUAUCGGAAGAAUUGCGAUUUUCGUGUUGAGGAUUCGGAGCGUGAUUUGAGCGCACGGAUGAUGGAUUUGCAUGAGCAAUUUUUUACUCCAACCAUGGAUAAGCACAAGCAAGAACAACGUCCUCGAUCAGCUGUUUUUUAUGAUGAGCAAGAGGAAGCAUCGCAACGUGCAGUGCAUCGAUUUUCUUCUUCAUUUGCUCCAAGACCAUCGAGUGCAGCAGCAGCAACAUCCGAUUCACGAGAACAGCGACAACGACGUACAAGUAUUGGAUUACGUGGUUCACCUACAGGAUCCCUUAAGGAUACUAUAUUGAGUCGAGCAGCACAACAUCAACAACAACAUCAACAACAGCCAAGUCCCAUAGACACAAGCACGCAUGCACCUAUCACCAUUGGUAGUCCUCUUAGCAAACGACUAUCAGCACCCCACACAUCACCUUUCAAGACACCAUCGCUAUCAUCCUCACCCCAAGCAGAGAUCAUGUUUUCCAGAAGUGGUGAAGGCAUGAUUGGUCGACCGCAAGCAUCAUUGAGUGAUCGAGUUCGUAGUACAACCACCAUGGCGGAUGCUGGUAGUAGUGGAUCCAUGCGAAGUCGAAUUGAAUUCUCUCCAAGUUUUGAUAAAUUGCGAGAACACACAAGGAGCCCCAGCCGCACUGAUUUGACACGUCGUUGGUCAAGGACUAGCGAUCACAGCUCGAUCAAUCUUGAUAUGGAUGAUACCGGUCUUGAGGAAUUCAUGCGUUUAGCAGCUGCCACACCUGAACUCAAGAUGUUUCAAAGUCGAAACUAUACAAGCCAAUUUAUGGAUACGGAUAGUGGUGGUGGUGGUGGUGGCGGUGGCAAUAUAUCACCUACAUAUGACAACAGUGCUGGUGGCAUGGCAACAAGUGGAUCUGGUGGCGGUGGUGCUAGUGCUUCGAUUCAUCGAUCCAAAAAGGCUCUCUCCCACUUUCGCAGUUUACGGGAUGCACACAAUACACUUUCAGAAUCAAUGACAUCCAGCGUACUUGCACGUUCUGGAGGAGGAGAUACGCCUUCAUCACCUACAACGGCUGCAGGAAUGGCUGGUGGGGUAUCACUUGGAUCAUCGACAUCAUCAUCCACAGGGCGAUCCUAUAUGCCAGUAGUGUCAUCACCGCUUCAUGCUACCGAGAGCCCUUCAUCUGAGGAUUUACGUAAUCAACAGCAUCGUCAUAGUGAUCCAAGCGCUCGUAUUAUCCAUCAAAGACACCAUUCUUUAUCACAACAGCAGCUUCGACCUGGUAGCAACAGCAGCAGCACUAGUCUUGAUAGGAGUCCACCUGCUUUUGCCAGCUAUCCCAAAGAUCGCCAUCAUGAUGAGUUGCGUCGUCUUUGUGAAGAGGAUAUGAUGGGAGACCAUGUGGUAUCAACCAGUGAUGGUGGUGGCAGUGGCGGUGUUGCCAAUCAUAGUGGCGGAUCAAGGAGAUAUCGUGGCAACAGCUUGAUCAGUGAUGACGCUGGUACAGAGAUUCGACGUCAAGAGAGCAUGAAUAGUCUUCGUGAGCAUCGUACCAGUAUUGUGGAUGAUGAUGAUUCAUUAGUAUUCAAGAUGAGUGAGCUUGGUGUCGAAGGUGGUAGUGGGAGUGGCAGCAGCAGUCUAUACCAGCAACAACAACAAGAGGCACCACCCUUUGCUUUUUCACGAACACCUAUUGAUCCAUACAACAACAACAACAACAAUGCACGUGAUUAUUCUCAAUGUUUGACAAUUGGCACCAAUCCAGGUGGUGGCGGUGGCAACAGCAAUGCUGGUGGUGGAAGUAGUUGUAAUAGUAGCGCAGCCAACGUUGAUCACGUAGCACAUCCAACAUUACGACGUAUCGGUAGCAGUACUAGUUUACGACAACAACCCUCAUCCAUGGCAACCGUUGUCGAGGAAGAAGAAAAAAGUGCCAGCAGCAGCGCAAGUGAAGAUAUUCAUCCAACAAGAUAA